GAGGAUGGAAUGAACAAACGUUUAAGGUGCUGCACAUAAAGAAUAAGUAAAUAAUCAUCAUCAGGAACGAGGCAUCCAUAAUGAAGAUUUAUUUCCCUCAGUGGCGGUCGGUUUUAAUUGGGUGUUUUCUAGGAACAAAAGAGCUGAUUGGACUCCACUGACCGAGUGUUGAAGGUUGUCAGGGAAGAGAUUUUCUUUCCUGUUUCUGAGACAAAUGAAAAAUUGCGGUCGUUGAAGAAAAUCCGUGACUGAAAUUAGAAAUUGGAAAACAAAGACGCGGGGAUUUUUGGGGAAUGGAUACAACCAGCAGCCGCUCUGCUGUUGAAUCUUCCAAGGAGAAACUUAAUCUCCCUCCGUGUAAGUUUUCGGUCACAGUCGUGCCGUCGAAUUCUUCCACAUCCAUUUCCGCUGGCACGCCGUCAGCGGUUCAUGUCGCUCUGUCUGGCUUCAUUCAUCUAUUGUGUGUCUACUGAAGCCUGUCCACAUGAGCGGAGGCGGCGCCCUGCAGCAACGCACCACCUACCUCAUCUCCCUCACCCUUGUCAAGGUAGAGGCCGUGGAGGAGAAUGGAGGGGAGGCCAAGAGCGGCGCCCAGGGGAAGGAGGUGGAGGUGGAGGUGGAGGUCGGGCAAGGGGGCAGGACUGGGAAAGGCGAGGAUGAGGCGGGAGGUUACGCCCCUGCACGGGCUGAGAAUGGAGCCGGGGUUGUUUUAGGACAACCACAAAAGGUUGAGGAUGCUGCUGAUGGGAAGGAGGGGAGGUCGACUGAGGAACCUCUCGGCUCUCCCUCCGCUGUCGACGUCCUGAGUAAAGGGAGUGAAAAGCCAACGGACAACCUCUCCAUUCCUUUACCGACAAAGUCUGCGGAGGUCGAUUUCACACGAGCGGAGCAGACUUCCACUCCAGAGGCGAAGCAAUGCAGGUCGCCCUCGCUGACCAAAACAACCCCGACAGAGGCGGUCGAGCCCAGCCGCACCCCGACCAGGACCAGCCUCCCGAUCCGCCCGGUGGGGCAGCGGCCGGUGAGUCUGCUGAAGUCUCACAGCAGCGUCGCCACCCGGGGCCGAGAAUCCCGGGAGGGUCGAGAGCGCAGCCCGACUUCGGCACAGAGCCUCGACCGCAAGGACUGUCGCAUGCCGACGCGCUCGCCCGGCCCCUGCAGGGCCUCGUGGGCGGAGGCGAGCAGGCCCGACGGAUGGAGGGACCUGAGAGACGAAGCCCAAGCUGGAAUCACUCUCGAGAUCGGAGGUAGCAUGGCCGCCGUGAUGAGAGACAUGCCGAGGAAAGAGAGACUAAAGGCGGGGUCCGCUUCCCUACCUGCGCCCGCGACCCAAGCCUCCAAACCGGCGCGCAAAGGUAAAAGCCGCACGCUGGAUAACAGCGAUCUGAACAGCCUCUCUGAAGACCUCGGGCUGGCGAGGGAGGCUCAGCAGGCCCAGCAGGGCCAACGAGGCUCCGCGAAGGACAGGAAGAUGCUUAAGUUCAUCAGUGGCAUUUUCACAAAGAGCAGCUCGGGGGCAGCCGGGUCGUCGUCCACAGCGCCUCCUGUCUACAUACAGAGAGACUCCAGCGAGGAGGAAGUAAAUAUUGCCAACAGCCAGGAGUGGACGCUGAGCAGAGCCAUUCCCGAGCUCAGGCUGGGCAUUCUAGGAAGUCUGAAAAGUGGCAAGUCAGCACUGGUGAACAAAUACAUCACCGGCAGUUAUGUUGCACUCGAGAAGUCGGAUGGCGGAAGAUAUAAAAAGGAAGUGCUGGUGGACGGACAGAGUCAUCUAUUACUGAUCCGGGAGGAGCCUGGUCCACCUGAUGCACAGUUCAGCAGCUGGGUUGACGCAGUGAUCCUGGUCUUCAGUCUGGAGAACGAGGCCAGCUUCCAGGAGCUCUAUCAGUACUACAGCCAGCUGAACGCACACCGCACAGACAUCCCCGUCAUUGUGGUGGGCACCCAAGAUAAAAUCAGCAGCACAAACCCCCGUGUGAUCGAGGAUCAGAGAGCCCGACAGCUGUGCAUUGACGUGCGUCACUCGCUGUUUUACGAGACCUGUGCCACCUACGGGUUCAACGUGGACCGAGUCUUCUCCGAGGCCGCUCAGAAGAUUGUAGCUCUGAAGAAGCAGGCGGCGCUGCAGGCCUGCAAGUCUCUGCCCAACUCUCCAAGUCAUUCUGGAGGCUCCACACCUGGAUCUGCAACGUUUCCUGGACAGGCCAGUAAUGGUCCGAGUAGCGGCUACGCUUACUCCCUCCCCUCCACCCCUGUGGUCGGCCACAGAGAGCUGCGAGUGGCUCAGGGAGAGGGGGUGAGCAGCGUCAACUCUCGCUCGCUGAAAAGCAUCCCCCGACGGCCCUCUCUCUUCAAGAACCGGGAAUCAGAUAAGAAGUCCAAUGAUGCUAAAGGAGACCAGAGCAGCAUGCGGGGCGUUCCCAUCAAACAGAGCAUCCUGUGGAAGAGGAGUGGGAGCUCUCUGAAUAAGGAGUGGAAGAAGAAAUACGUGACCCUGUCCAACAAUGGCACGCUGUCCUACCACUCCAGCUCCAGUGACUACACACAGAACAUCCAUGGGAAGGAUAUCGACCUGCUGCGCGUGACGGUUAAAGUUCCUGGAAAACGUCCCCCGAGAGCCGUCGCCCCCGUGGGCCCCUCGCCCGUCCCCCCCAGCUCUGUACCCGGCGUCAACGGGCUGAGCAAAGAGCCGACGGCUGCUGAUAACACCAGCACAGUUCCUCAGUUGUGUCCAGCCACCCUCUCUGUGGUGGACGACCGCUCGUCUGGAGGUUUGUCGCCUCAGGGCGGAGAGCGAGCUCUUCAUCGCUGCUCCUCCUCGCUGUCCACUAAAGCACAAAGUGUCGAUGCCCUCGAAGGGGUAGCCAGUCCUUUUGGCGGGAAAGACCCCGGCCAGGCGUCCCCCAUGAGCGACAGGAAGAAGAACAGGAGGAAGAAGAGCAUGAAUCAGAAAGGAGACACGGCCGUCGGACAGGCUGAAGCCAAACGCAAAAUGUGGAAGUUAAAGAGCUUUGGUAGCUUGAGAAACAUUAAUAAGACAGAAGAGGAGAAUGCAGACUUUAUCGUCGUGUCGUUCACCGGCCAGACGUGGCACUUUGAGGCCCAGAGUCAGGAGGACCGGGACUCGUGGGUGUCGGCGAUAGAGAGCCAGAUCCUGGCCAGCCUGCAGUCCUGUGAGAGCGGCAGGAACAAGGCUCGGCGGAGCAGCCAGAGCGAGGCUGUAGCGCUGCAGGCCAUCCGCAACGCCAAGGGCAACGGUCUGUGUGUGGACUGUGAGGCACUCAAUCCCACCUGGGCCAGCCUCAACCUGGGCGCGCUGAUCUGCAUCGAGUGCUCGGGGAUCCAUCGAAACCUGGGGACUCACCUGUCUCGCGUCCGCUCCCUGGACCUGGACGACUGGCCCGGCGAGCUCACUCAGGUCCUGGCUGCUAUUGGAAACUACAUGGCCAACAGCAUCUGGGAGAGCUGCACGCAGGGCAGAACCAAACCCGCGCCCAAUGCAACCCGGGAGGAGAGGGAGUCGUGGAUCCGCGCUAAGUACGAGCAGCGGGCGUUUGUUGCAGCUCUUCAGCCGGUCUCGGGGCCUCCGCAGGACGGCAUGCCGCAGUGGCUCCUCUCUGCGGUGACCGAGAGAGAUCUGCCCAGACUGCUGCUGCUUCUGGCCCACAGCACCAAGGACCAGAUCAACGCUCGCCAAACGGGGUCCACUUCGCCGCCUCACACCGCCCUGCACGCUGCAUGUCAGCUGGGAGACGCCGUCAUGACCCAGCUGCUCGUCUGGUACGGGAUCGAUGUGAAAGUGAAAGACGCCCAGGGCCAGACGGCCUUGAGGUUGGCCAGGAACGCGGGGAGCAAAGGCUGCAUCGACAUCCUGCUCCAACACGGCUGCUCCAACGAGACGUCCCCUCCGACCGCCACGCCCGUCCUCUCCCGCCGCUCCAGCACCGCCAGCCUCGGCCGAACCGGCUCCAGGAAACGGUAGCGAAGAACGCCAGCAACACACAGGAAGCAAACCGGCGACUACUGGAGGAAGUUUUGUCGUUUCAAAAACCUUUUAAAAACAGCGGACUUUUAAGAAACAUGGCAGGACUUGGUCAGAGGAAAAAAACAAAUGUUUCUGAAGACUGAACAACAUAUCAAACAACUUAAAAAGCAAUAUCCACUGAAUUUGUUGAUAACCGACAUAUUGCUGACAUGCUGUGUUGUCGUUGACCUCAUUUUAAACAUGACUCAUGUAGAAGUUUGUAGCUCCUGUCGUUUUAGAGCAGCCACUCAACCUGCUGCAGUUUCACUUCCUCUCAGAUGAAGUGCAAUAAUCCAGCUGUGGCAACAAGUUUCCGAGCGAGGCGUGUCUGAGUGUAAUACAUCGAGAGGGCGCUGCUUUUAUCCACAUAUCGGUUGUGACUGGACCAAAACAGCGAUUUCUUUUCUUGGGCUUACAAAUCCAACCUAACAGUAUGUCAUGUUGUUCCUUGUGUGUGCGUGUCGCAGCAGUAUAAAGGUCCGAUAUAAAACGUUUUCAGUGAAGAAUCAGCCGAGAUUAUUCUGCUUAGACUAGAAAAAACUGAGUGGGUUGGGAAUAUGAAAUAUGUCAGUGUUACUCUCACAGGUCAAAGAUAAUGGCGUUUUAAAAAAAUUAUGUAAAUGUAACUAUACUACAUACUUAAUGUUCAACUCUGUAACUUAAGACACGACCGAAAAAUCAAAGACUCGAUUUUUGUAAAUGAUUUCUACUGGUAGUUUUGGAGAUGCGUCAAGUUUGUUUCUCAUUUGUCUCAUCAUUUCUUAUUCUCCUUUUUGUCAUGAAGAAGCAUAAACCUGUGAACAGAUGCUUUGACAUAUUGUAAACAUGUGGCUGUUUGUUCCAAGUUUUUCUUUAGGAUGGCCGGACGACAGCAGACAGACGAAGGACAAUGUUCAUGUUCCUGUUGAUGAGUUUACAGUGAAGUAUGAAGAGUCGCGGGUGUCGUCGUUAACUUCUGACACUUUGUGGGUCGUGUGAAUCCUUCAUGAGCAAAAAGAAAUGGUUACUGGAACAAAAUAAAGUUUUUUUAAUUAGCAUUA